AUGGACUUCACAUGCUCCAAUGUUACUCUGUGGCAAGAUGCCCUCAACUCCUACGAAACCCAUAUCAAAACCCUCAAUAAGCCCAACCUCAUUUCUCUCGACAAUUUCUACCGCAAAGAACUCCCAAAUCUUCUCCACCAACGAGACCCGUGUCCCUAUAUAACGACCCCGGAGCUCUCAAAGCUCAUGCAGUGGAAGCUGACCCGUGGCACGUGGAGGCCGCGCCUCUUGGACUUCGUUUCCUCACUAAACGACGACGCAGUCAGAGCCGCGUCCCAAAAGGCAUUCGGAUCCUUACCUGAUGUUUCGAAGGCCGUAUCGGAGAUGGUUGUGCUCAAAGGAGUAGGCCCAGCAACCGCGUCGGCCGUUCUCGCUGCCUACUCGCCGGAUAUUGCACCAUUCAUGUCCGAUGAGGCGAUGUUGGCUGCUGUAGGGAACUCGAAGGAUUACUCGUUGAAGCAAUACUUGGUGUUUGUGGAGAAGGUGCAAGCGAAAGCAAAGAUCAAAGUGGUUGUCAUAGCUUGCAUCUUAUGCGAAGCUGUCUUUGUAGGUGAUCUAAUCUCACCUCAAACUUAUCCAGUUCUUCAAUUGCCUCGGUUCCCCUAUCGGGAGAUUUUAUCUUAG